AGAUACCGCAAUCACUUUUCAGAUCUUCAUUAGUAAAACAAGGGCCUUAUUCAAAAUCAAGAAGGUCAUUAAUUUACCAAGACAUCAAACAAAACAAAUCCCCUCAAAUUAUGUUCAAAUCUCCAAAAGAUACAUUGAACGAAACCAUUAGCACUAUAGUGGACUAUCCAAAAGAAAACAGUGAACCAUUUAUAUCAUCAUUGAGUAAAACUAAUACUGAACCAGUUGAGAUGGAAAUUUCAUCUUCUUUAGAACAACAUCAAAAUCGAGCUUUAAUGCAGCAUACAUUUGAUGUUAGGGAGAAAAAUGUAGAAAUAGUUGAAAAUACUGAAAUAUCUGAGACAAGGUUAGAACCAGAAAUAGACUUUGUGCCAAGUUCCAUGGAGACCAAACCAAUUUGCUUAGCUUGUAGUUGCUUGUUGCAAGAUGAUAUAAUCUUAGUGAAAAAUUUUGCUGAUCGAUUCAAUCUAAAAUUUGUCAUGCAAUAUGAGGACUCAGUCACGCCCUUAUUGUAA